UUUAACUAUAACUAGUUAUCAUUUUGUCCCAGACUCGAACCAUCUUCACACCCUCCACUACCACCAUGCCUUCUUCCUUUUUCUGUGUAUACGACACCCCUCUAAGAGUAACAGCUACUUGCCUUUUUCUAUUGUAAAUUUGAAGUUUAUCAUCCCUCUUGUACAGCACAGGACUGUCCACUGCCAAACCGAUUUUACCGGAAGUCGCUACGUCCACUGGUUCCUCAAUAUCCUUCUCCCCGCCCGCCCACCAACCAAAUGCGCCACUUCCAACGAUGAUUCUAACUCCGCUCAACUUCUCCCUAGCUACCGCCUUUACACGUUUUGUCCUUGGUAUAUUCAAUUAAAUUAUCCAUCGCAAGUCGUCUCACACCCCGCUUAAUUACCUACUGCUUUUUCAUCCGAUCCGCCCGUCCAUUUUACGUUCCAGGGCUGGUUCCGGGCUACUGCUAAAGAUAUAUAAGAGACGGACGUGCAUUAUAUACGUAUAUACUUACAUAUAUAUAUAUAAGCCUGCUAGCGGAGAUUCUUUAUAUUGGCGGAGGAAGCCGGUACACUGUAUCAUAGCUGGGCGUCAACCCGAUGGCGGGGCGCGAUGGAAAUAACCCCGGACUUGGAAGGUUGGACUCGCCCCGACUGCCUCGCCGGGCUUCAUCGAGAUCGCCGUUGAGAGACAGUAUUUUGAGAGAGGGUGGUGCGGAUAGAGAGGAGGAUGGGACGGUUCUGCUUCAGGAUGCUGGAGGAGGACGGACGACUGGAGAUGCGGGAGAUAUCGGUGCAAGUACACAUACCGACACUACAGAUCGCGCUUCUUCCCAGGAUACAAGGAGGCCGUCUCAGGCUCGAGUGCGCUUUUCGGUGGAUCUAGAGCGCACGCCCGAUAACACAAUUCCUCCAAGUCCCAGGUGUGAGGAAUCGCAGGACAGCGCUGGGAGGGAUGUUGGUGGUGGUAGCGGGCGUGCUGCGGGUUUGGGCCUUAGAGUGGACACAUCCUUGCCCAGUGUCAUUUCGAAACAAAGAAGCCCGUCACUGCGGAGUAGCGGCCAGUGGAUAUCUCCAGUUUCCCCCGUUUCCCCCACAGAUCACCUUCCGCCGCUUCACGAAUCCCCUCCUCUCGUUUUGCCCGCAACGCGGAACCGGGGCUAUUCCCUACGACGAGCUAUUUUUAACCGGAACAUUGCCAACCAGUCGGAGCAUGACCAGACGGAUAAUAUUGAAUUACGUCACCAGCUGUCGGCGGGCGGUGAGCCUCUGUCGAGGGUCCAUUCUCAGCCACAGAUACAGCAUGGGGCAGGCCAGGAAGUCGUUUUCCAUACGAGUUCCAAGGACGAAGAAUCUACCACAUUCUCGGACCUGAAGGCUCAAUUAAGGGAAAGGAAGCCGUACUCAGCGGGACGAGCUGCUGCAUGCAAAGUUCGUGCUACCCAUGAGCUAGCGGUGGGCAAAUUGAAAGUUGUUACAGACGCUUUCCGAAAGCACGUACUUCGCAUCAAAGAAAUCCCACCUAGCAAGGAUGGUCGCCAUAUCGAUCUCGAUGUACAGAGACAAGAACCGCGGAUCGACGAACGGACUGGCAAGUACUACGUUAGCAAUCAUAUCCGAUCCAGCCGAUAUAGCCUAUGGAGUUUCUUCCCCCGCCAACUCGUAGCGCAAUUCUCCAAGCUGGCGAAUUUCUAUUUUCUUGUCGUUUCAAUUUUGCAGAUGAUACCCGGUCUCAGUACCACUGGCACUUUCACCACUUUUGUUCCGCUUAUGAUUUUUGUUGGUAUUUCUAUGGGGAAGGAAGGGAUUGAUGAUCUCCGUCGCUACCGGUUGGAUAAGGAGGAGAAUAACCGCAUUGCGUAUAUUUUACGAGCCCGCAAUGCAAAUUCGAAUGCUACUGCCGCCACCACUGCCACCACUUCUAAGACUACCAGCACAACUUCUACGGAUGCCAUGGAAGCCAAGAUAACCUCCACCACAGACACUGAUUCAUAUUCCAAUAGUGCAGGAUACUGGGCGCCUACCAAAUGGGUAGAUAUCAAAGUGGGCGACGUCAUCAAACUGUCCCGCGAUCAACCAGCCCCAGCAGAUAUAGUUCUCCUCCAUGCCGACGACCCGAACGGAAUCGCAUACAUCGAAACCAUGGCGCUAGAUGGCGAGACAAACCUGAAAAGCAAACAACCCUGCCGCCCCGUCGCGAAAACAUGCAAGACAGCUGAAGACAUCAUCCACAACACAUCCAUCCACUUCGCUGUCGAAGACCCCAACAUCGACCUCUACAAAUUCGACGGCAAUGUCACAGUCGGACAGGAGAAACUGCCCAUCACCAACUCGGAAGUCAUCUACCGCGGCAGCAUCUUGCGCAAUACCCACGAAGCCUUCGGCAUGGUGAUAUAUACCGGCGAGGAGUGUAAGAUACGCAUGAACGCGAACAAAAACCCGCGCAUCAAGGCGCCGGCGCUGCAGACGGUGGUCAACCGCGUCGUGGCCGUCAUUGUGCUGUUCGUCGUCGUGCUCGCGUCCGCGUGUACGAUUGCGUAUACGUUCUGGUCGCGCGACGUGGAGGAUAAAUCGUGGUAUCUGGAGGAAGCAGACGUCUCGAUUGGGCCCAUCUUCACUUCUUUUAUCAUUAUGUUUAACACCAUGAUUCCCAUCUCGUUGUAUGUCAGUUUGGAGAUUGUGAAGGUUGCGCAGAUUUUUUUGCUGAAUGAUAUCGAUAUGUAUGAUGUCGAGUCGGAUACACCGUUGGAGGCGAGGACAUCUACGAUUAAUGAGGAGUUGGGGCAGGUUAGCUACAUAUUCUCCGAUAAAACCGGCACGCUGACGAAUAACUCCAUGAAAUUCCGCAAAAUGAGCGUUGCGGGAACUGCCUGGCUGCACGACACCGAUUUACAAGAGGAAGCAGCCCGAGACGCGGAUCGCAAGAUGCUCCUGCAUAAGAAACGCAAGGAGAAGAAGGCUUCCUCACGGAAAUCGUCCACAUAUGACCAAGUAACAUUUGGGCGGAAGUCCGGUGUGUCAAAUCACAGGCAGGAGGAGAACUCAUCACCGACGGCGACGACAACGACGCACUGGCGGUCGAAUAGGAGGGGUAGAAUGUAUCACGGUGGCCGGACAGUGGAGAUGUUGGAAUACAUACAGCAGAAACCGCAUACCCUGUUCGCGCGCAGGGCGAAAUUCUUCAUCCUCGCCCUCGCGCUAUGCCACACAUGCAUACCGGAGCGCGAUGAUGAUGGUGAUAUCUCAUUCCAAGCUGCUUCGCCGGAUGAGGCUGCGCUGGUCACUGCUGCGAAGGAGAUGGGAUAUCUGGUGGUGGAUAGACAACCCAACUCGCUUACCAUUCGACUAUCAACGACCGCGCAGGACGAAGACGGAGAGCCUGUCGCAGAGGAAGAAGUCUAUGAAAUCCUAGAUAUCAUUGAAUUCUCCAGCGUGCGGAAACGCAUGUCGAUCGUCGUCCGUAUGCCCGACCAGCGCAUCUGUCUCUUCUGCAAGGGCGCUGAUUCGACCGUCAUGGGCCUGCUGAAACGAUCUGGCCUCGCUGCAGAGAAAGUCGCCGAGAUCGAAAACCGCGCUAACAAGCGGAAAUCGCUGGAGGCGAAAGAGGUCAUGAGGCGCAAUAGCGAACACGCCCACCGCAAGGAUGGCAAGACCAGCAUGAGUAUUGGCCGUCCUAGCUUCGCGGCUGGUCGCCGGUCGAGCGUGUCUGGUAAGCGCCGCUCGUCGCUGCGGGAUAGUAUCGAUGUCUGGCUGCGGGACCGAGAGACGGAUGGCGGUCUGGAGUUGAGAGAUGGCGAUGAUGAUUAUUAUUAUAGCCCACGCCCAUCUAUGCAACUCUCCCCGCGGCCGUCUGGGGCUCUUUCAGAGGAACGGUACCGCGCGUCCUUCCAGACGGACGAUGGCGCGGAGGAUUUGGUUGAGGAGUCGUUGGUGGUUAAUGAGGCGAUGGUGUUUGAGCGGUGUUUCCAGCAUCUGAAUGACUUUGCGACGGAAGGGCUGCGGACGCUGUUGUAUGGCUAUCGCUUCAUUGAGGAAGCGGAUUAUCAGGAGUGGAAGGCUAGGUAUCAUGAAGCGACGACGAGUUUGGUCGGGCGGCAGGAGAAGAUUGAACAGGUGGGCGAGCAGAUUGAGACGCAGCUAGAGUUGGGCGGGGCUACUGCUAUUGAGGAUAAGUUGCAGAAGGGCGUUCCGGAGGCUAUUGAUAAGCUGCGCCGGGCGAAUAUCAAGCUCUGGAUGCUUACGGGCGAUAAGCGGGAGACUGCGAUCAACAUUGGCAAUUCGUGUCGGCUUGUGAAGGAUUAUUCGACCGUGACGAUUUUGGACCAUGAUGCCGGGGACGUCGAGCGGGUUAUCCUGGAGACGACGAGUGAGAUUGUGAGGGGUGCCUGUGCCCAUUCUGUGAUUGUGGUGGAUGGGCAGACGCUGUCGACCGUCGAGGCGGAUGCGCCACUCCAGGAACUCUUUUUUGAUCUUGCCAUCCUCGCCGACUCUGUGAUUUGUUGCCGUGCGAGUCCGAAGCAGAAGGCGUUCCUCGUGCGAUCGAUUCGGAAGCGGGUGAAGAGAUCCAUUACCCUUGCGAUUGGGGAUGGUGCGAAUGAUAUCGCUAUGAUUCAGGAGGCGCACGUGGGCAUUGGCAUUACCGGCAAGGAGGGUCUACAAGCCGCCAGGAUAUCAGACUACUCAAUCGCGCAGUUUAGAUUCCUGCUCAAGCUCCUCCUCGUCCACGGCCGCUGGAACUACAUCCGUGUCUGCAAAUACACGCUAGGAACCUUCUGGAAAGAAACCGUCUUCUACCUCACGCAAGCCCUGUACCAGCGCUGGAAUGGCUACACGGGGACCAGUCUCUACGAAUCAUGGUCCCUCAGCAUGUUCAAUACCCUCUUCACCUCCCUCCCCGUCAUCUUCCUCGGCAUCUUCGAAAAGGACCUCGCGGCCUCCACCCUCCUCGCCGUCCCCGAACUGUACACCAAGGGCCAACGCAACGGCGGCUUCAACGUCAAACUCUACCUCGGCUGGGCCUUUAUGGGCAGCUGCGAAGCCAUGGUCGUCUACUUCACCAUGUACGGCCUCUUCGGCAGCGCCAUCUUCACCCUCGACAACCGCGUCUUCGCCAUGGGCCUGCUAACCUACACCGCCUGCGUGAUCAUCAUCAACCUAAAACUCCAAUUCCUCGAGAUCCGCUACCGCACCGUCAUGGCCGCCAUCGUCAUCAUCGUGUCCAUCGGCGGCUGGUUCCUCUGGAACAUCAUCCUCUCGCGCCGCUACGCGCUCGAUGCCAUCUACAAUGUCCGCGACAACUUCCUGCCUCGCACCGGGCGCAACCUGCUCUGGUGGGUUACCUUGCUCCUCGCCGUGGUCGCCGUGCUUCUCUUCGAGAUAUGCGUGACGACGCUGCGCGUCGCGCUGUUCCCGACCGAUGUCGAUCACUUCCAGGAGUUCGAGGGCGAUUUGGAGAUUCGGAAGCGGUUUGAGGAGGCGGCGGCAUCGGAGCUGCAGCAGGGGUGGGAUCGGGGGAAGAAGUCUGGUCUGGAGACUAUGACGGAUUUGAACGGUGGAGAUGUUGCGGACAUGGAAGCUGAGAGGGAGAGGGAGAUGCAGGUGCAGGAGUUGUUGGAUCGGAGGAGCGCGCCGCGUGGACGGGGGAAAGGGAAAGGUGGAGACGGUGCUGAUGUGCAGAUGGAGGAGGUGGAGUUGGGGAAUGGUCAAGCUUUUGUGAAUGGAGGAGGAGGAGGUGCAGGCCGAGCGGCGGAAGAAAGCGGCGAUGUAUCAAGCCCAAGUCCCUCGCGGCGCUCGUUGGAUAUUCAAGAGUUACUUAAUAGGAGGUUUGGUGCUAUUUGGAAGGGCCAGCUCUAAGCCCUCUUAACAUUUCCAAGUUCACUCUUUUUUUCCUUUUCUCUCUCAUGUUUUUAUCGGUUUUUGAUGCGAAGUUCGAGGAUUUCAAAUGGCUGAGAUAUUGAUGUUUUUCCUACUCCUCCCUCCCCCGCUCCCACUUUUUUUUUUCUUACUUUUGCCCUUUUGGAGUUAUGUUCUUUCCACUAACUUACCUGUUGGUUGUACGCGUGGGUUACGGUGUUUAUUUUGAUUGCAUAUAUGCAUGAUGAUUCCCCUUUGCACUUGGCCAUAUUCUGUUUAACGCUUUUAUGUUUCUUUCUUUUUUUUUUUUUUUUUUU